AUGAUACACAGCCGGAUAUGAAGCAAAGGAUGAUGAUGAGCAGCAGCCAGGUGCUUCAGUCCAUUUAUUCAUUUCAUUCAUUAGUCCGGGUCAUUCCAUAGAUGCGGGCGAUACAGAAGGGUCCAGACUAUAUCCUGAAACACGCUCCAGUCUUAAACAUGAUGCCGAAUGCCACGAUCGCACACUAGCGGAGGCUGAGGAGGACGCAUGAAUUAAAGCAUCACCCGCGCCGCACGUUUCCCUCCCUUGAUGUGCUCUAACGGAGGUGAGCGGAGGACAGAGCGAUUCCAGCCCGCAGCCGAUGCCCGGAGCAAACAGCGGCCGCGGUCGACAGGAAGGUGGUACCCCGGCGUCGGUGUUCAUUACCACGGAUCCGACUCCGGAGGCGCGUCGCUCGCUGAGGCAUGGGCUGCGCUCCCAGUAUCCACGUCUCUCAGAGCGGGGUGAUCUACUGCCGAGACUCGGACGAAUCCAACUCGCCGCACCAGACCACCACCAUCUCUCAGGGCACCGCGGCCACGCUGCACGGGCUCUUCAUCAAGACCGAUGCGGCCGAGACCAUCCCCUCCGUCAUCACCUACCAGAGCCGCCACUCGCGCAACAACUCGUGCCGGGAGCGCAAGGAGAACAGCGGCGGACACAUCCGCAUCGAGGCCGAGACGCAGACCAGCCACGCCAGCGUCAAGGUUUCAGCUACAGAGGAAUGUGUGGGACCGAUGAGACUGACCCAAGAGCCAAUUCAGGUCCUGCUGGUGUUCGCCAAGGAGGACAGCCAAAGCGAUGCCUUCUGGUGGGCCUGCGACCGCGCCGGGUUCAGAUGUAACAUCGCACGGACGCCGGAGUCUGCCGUCGAGUGUUUCCUGGACAAGCACCAUGAGAUUAUAGUCAUCGAUGGACGCCACUCACGCUACUUUGAGCCUGAAGCUGUCUGCCGGUUGAUUCGUGCCACAAAACCCUCAGAAAACACAGUUAUUCUUGCCGUUGUGCCACAAAAACCGCCUGACCAGGACGAGCCAUCUGUUCUUCCUCUCCUCUGCGCUGGAUUUAGCAGAAGGUUUGUGGAGAACAGCAGUGUGUCAGCCUGCUACAAUGAGCUCAUACAGAUGGAGCAUGGAGAGGUGCGCUGCCAGUUCAAACUCAGGGCUUGUAACUCCAUCUUCACUGCUUUGGAACAUUGUCAAGAGGCUGUGGAGAUCACCAAUGAGGACCAUAUCAUACAGUAUGUGAACCCAGCAUUUGAGCGGAUGAUGGGCUACCACAAGGGGGAGCUGAUCGGGAAAGAACUGACUGAACUCCCCAAGAGCGACAAGAACAGAGCCGACCUGCUGGAAACCAUCAACACCUGCAUCAAAAAAGGAAAGGAAUGGCAGGGUAUCUACUAUGCCAGAAAGAAAUUAGGCGACAGUAUACAACAGCAUGUGAAGAUAACACCCGUCAUUGGCCAAGGAGGUAAAAUCCGACAUUUUGUAGCCAUCAAAAGACCUCACGUAGACAACAACAAUCAGAUCCACAAGUUCAACAAGGAGGAGCGCUGCAGUGGGGAACAUUCUCAGUCAGAGUGCCAUUCUCUACGUCACCGGGACCGAAGGAAAGACUCCAUUGAUGCCAGGUCGCUCAGCUCUCGCGGCAGUGACGCUCCCAGUUUACAGAAUCGAAGAUACUCCUCCGUCGCCAGGAUUCACUCUAUGACCAUUGAGGCUCCCAUCACCAAGGUAAUAAACAUCAUCAAUGCAGCGCAGGAGAGCAGUCCAGUGACAGUAGCCGAGGCUCUGGAUCGCGUGUUGGAGAUCCUGAGGACCACCGAGCUCUACUCCCCUCAGCUCGCCUCCAAAGAGGAUGACCCCCACACCAAUGACCUAGUUGGGGGGCUCAUGAGUGACGGGUUGCGAAGACUCUCCGGAAAUGAAUAUGUUUUCAGCAAAAAUAUGAGCCAGAGCCAGCUGGCCAUACCAGUCACUCUGAAUGACGUGCCUCCCUCCAUCGCUGAGAUGCUGAAUGAUGAGGAGUGCUGGGAGUUCAACAUCCUGGCGCUGGAGGCAGCUACGCACAAAAGGCCGCUUACUUACCUCGGUCUGAAGAUCUUCACGAGCUUCGGAGUGUGCGAGUUCCUGAACUGCUCCGAGGCCAUGCUUCGCUCCUGGCUGCAGCUCAUUGAGGCCAGCUACCACUCCUCCAACUCUUACCACAACUCCACGCACGCCGCAGACGUGCUGCACGCUACUGCCUACUUCCUACGCAAGGAGAGAGUCAAGAGCAGUCUGGACCAGCUGGAUGAGGUGGCCGCGUUGAUAGCAGCCACAGUGCACGAUGUGGACCACCCGGGCAGGACCAACUCCUUCCUGUGUAACGCCGGCAGUGAACUGGCCAUCCUCUACAACGACACCGCCGUGCUCGAGAGCCACCACGCAGCCCUCGCCUUCCAGCUCACCGUCCGGGACAGCAAGAGCAACAUCUUUAAGAACAUCGACAGGAAUCAGUUCCGAACACUGCGGCAGGCCAUCAUCGACAUGGUGCUGGCCACAGAGAUGACGCGGCACUUUGAGCAUGUCAGCAAGUUCGUCAACAGCAUCAACAAGCCAAUGGCUGCAAUAGAAGAGACCAGCACAAGUAGCAUAAACAGUGACUGUGAGGGUCAGGCGAACAUCAGGAACUCUCCAGAGAACCGUCUGCUGAUAAAGAGGAUGUUGAUCAAAUGUGCAGAUGUGGCCAACCCCUGCAGACCGCUCCAGCUCUGCAUUGAAUGGGCAGGACGGAUCUCUGAGGAGUACUUUGCACAGACAGAUGAGGAGAAGAGACAAGGGCUGCCAGUGGUGAUGCCAGUGUUUGACAGGAACACCUGCAGCGUGCCCAAAUCUCAGAUCUCCUUUAUAGACUACUUCAUCACCGAUAUGUUCGACGCCUGGGAUGCCUUUGCCAGCCUGCCUGGUCUCAUGGAGCACCUGUCAGAAAACUACAAGUACUGGAAGGGCUUGGAUGAGAUGAAGUGCAAGAGCCUGCGCCCUCCCCCUCCUUCUUGACCAAUCCCUCAUCGCCUUCUCGCACCCAUCACUCUGAGCUUGGUGGGACAGCGGACACGGCCCUGUGGUGGAACAGUUCGUCUCAUCUUGGCCCUGGUGAAGCCGAGACGCCGUUUCCAUCUCAAAUCACAGCCUCUUUUCUUGUGUGGUUGGAGUCCAAGGUGGCGUUCUGCCAGUGGAGAACAGGUUGUCAUUUGAGGCCCGUGUUGUAGUACUCCUAAUAGCAACUCUAUGAAACUGUGUGGACCUCACAGCUCACCUGACAAUCUGUACCAUACAGUGUAACACACCAGAAACCUGCACUUUAGCUGAUCAGGACUUUUUCAUUUUGCUUAAUGGGCUUUUCACCAUUUUCUUUCCCUCAGUUUGAAAGUUUCUUAAACCAAAUCCUUCCGUUCUGCAUCUGUUUAUUGCUGUUAACGAAUCAAAGUUAAUAAGAUGGCGACCAAAGCACCAAAGCUGCAGGUACUGACUGAAAAUAAGGACCUAAAGAGAUUUCUUCUUUUCUGCUGGUGAAUGUGCGUGUACUCAAAAAGUUCAUUUUCAAAUUGCCAACCUGUGAAGGUGCUCAGCUGGAUUGAUCAACUUUAACAAAGCUGUGGCGUGGCCUGCAGUAUGAGACACAGUUUGACUCGUGUCAGGGGCCAAUUUCUUACCAGUCAGACGUCCCCUGGGUCCUACAACUUGUGGGAAGUGAAAGACCCAGAGACAGUUAGUCCGAUGUUCCAGUCGGGAGGAGCGAAUCACCCAGCACACAGGCUUCCUAAAUGUCCAGCCCCAUAAUCAGAGGUGGCAUCAAACACGAUCCGUUUCUGUUAUCAUGUCUGGAUUUAAAGUUCGUGUAGUCACAUGGCGGUGAGCUUUCUCACCCAAAUAUCUGCUGUUAAAGUCAUUUUCCUUUACAUCAUGGUCCUGCGGGCAAUGUGAACGCUGCCAGUGAUGAUCUGCGUCAAAUAAAGUGAGACGUGUGUGUAUCAGAACAAAUGGAGGAAUUGAAUUGCACUGUAUCCGAGCUGUUUAAGUCUGAGGCAUCAGAUGUUACAUACCUAGCUCUGCGACACUCACUGUAGACGCCUGUACCCAAAAACAGUUGAAUCAAAUCUGAAUUGUGACAAUAUGUGACUGUUGUGUGGUGCACAAAUCUGUAGUGUUUUUACACACUUGUAUUUAUGAGGCAGAAAUGGACCUUGCAUCAGCUGGGCAGAUGUGUGGAGGAGCAGCAGAUCCAUGUUCAGGCCAGGGUCCAUUCAGCUCUGCCCCUCACAUGCUUUCUGUUCAACUGAUUUUUUGUUGUGUUUUGAAAUCUUUCACCUUGGCUCUUUUUCUUUGGGAGGGGAAUUAUUGUUGCAUAUGAUUUUUCCUACAAAGGCCCUCAGAUCUCAUGAGGUUUCUAUGAUGUGUCUGCCCUCUGGUGGCCAAACGGGGGAGUUGCAUAAAUAUAUAUACAUGUAUGUCAGUGCAUCGUUUGAGGGAGCAUGAGAAGUCGGAUCAGAUCCACAGGAGGUAUGUUUUUACCCCACAGAUAAAUGGAAUGAGCAUUUAUACACCAAUUAUCAGCUUUAAUAUUUAAGAGCUGAAGCAGGUACACAUGUUUUAAUACUUUUGAUUAAUUCCUGUAUUUUUCAGAGCAUUCUUGCUUCACAUGAAGGUGAGAAAAGCACUUCCACCACAUGGGGAACCAUUUUGAACCAAUUUAGAAAUUGAUAAAAUAGGAUUUGCAGAUAUCAAUAAAAUACCACUGCUGCUGUUUCAGUGGAGCGACCUCCAUUACCAGUUGUUGUUCCAAGGUUGCAUUUGAAUGAAGUAGGACAUGCAGCUUCGUGUGUGUUUACAUCAUGAGUGUCAAACCGGGAAGACACACAUUACAGUAUAUUAACCAAAGGCACAGAGAGCUCUUGACAGGUGCCUUAUUCUUUGGUCAUCUUUUCAGAAACAAGCUGGUUUUUGGUUGAAAUAGUUCCUGUUCUUAAAAACAACACAAGAAAAAGCCAUACAAGUUUUAGAUAUUUAAAAACAAAAGACUUUGGGUGCGUUGUGCUGAAGCUUUGAGUUGACUUGGCGAGUCAGUGUUCACAGUUCCGUCCCGAUGUUCCUGACGUUCUUUCAUUUCUUUUGCACAGCUGAGGCUUUUACACGUGUACGACACAAACCGAAUCAGGUGCAGUUGGCUCAGAUGUGAAUUUCACAGUUGUUUCGUCAGCUUUCACUUCAGCUCAUUUUUUGGGGAAGAGACAGAACCGGUCACGUCCAUGUUCAAUGUGUUCACCAUGAUGUAGUAUUUGAUUGUUGAUCGAGGUCUUAAUCAACGCCUUAAUCUUGUUUCAGUGUUUAGGUCUGCUCAUGUUGCAAUACACUGUAAAGCACCUGAUGGAACUGCUGUUCUUGUAAAUACUCAAGCCAUUAUAUCACUUUUUGCUUUGCAUUCUAAGAGAUUUGCGUAUGUAACUCGUGUUGAGGCUGUUAUAUGUUGCAGGGUUGACUUCCUCACAUCUCUAAAACAAGAUUUUUUUAUUAUUAUUAUUUCGAGUGACUUUAAAUGUGGCUCCAGCUCUGAAUGUUUGUAUGUUUCAUGACUGCUCUCACUGACCACAAGAAGAUAUUUUUGCUAGAUUUCUAUUCACAAAGACAAUUUUAAACUAUUUCAGACUCGGACAAACUUGCCUUUUGCUGUGUAGAGCAGUGACUGGAAUGUAACCAUGUGAAUGAGAUCUGAUUACAGCCAGUCGCUUGAAGCCUGGCUCUGAGUGUCCUGAGGCCGAACAGAUUGUAGAACUGCUUGUUAUGUAAUAAGCCUUCAUCACUUCCAGUGAUUUCUAUAUAUAUAUAUAUAUAUAUACGCUCGUUCAUCUUCGACACUGAUGGCCGUGGCUGCGACAACGGGCCGAUCCUGUGUUGUUUUAUAUCAUUCAUAAACAGAACAAUAAUUAGAUGGUGAUAAUGUUAUAUACAAAUUAUUUUUCAAAGAAGAAAAUGCAUCAUCAUCCUCACUGGCGAUGAGAACUGUACUGUGUGUUUGAAAGAUUUUACUGCCUCAUGCAUAGUAGUGACACAAGCUUUCCGUCAGUCACUUUCAAAUCUACCAUGUCUGUUUGAAAAAUGUAAUGUAUUUUGCUCUCUCUGGAUUAUGAGGUUUUAUUUUGAUGUUCCCUGUCAAACAC